GGGCAACCAGAAUUUGGAGCGGAGAAUUUGUCAGCGGUGAAACGGAAGGAAGAAGCCGGUGUCUGGCCGCACAGAAUGACAUAAGAGGUUGGGGUGUGACAGUUGAUUUUUUCAGCAUGGGCGCUGAGCAGAGUUCUGAGGGGGACCUAAGGCAGAAUGAUGUCAGCUCCUCUGCUUCUCCUUCUCCUGCCAAACAGAAAGCAAAGAUGGAUGACAUUGUGGUCGUUGCUCCUGGAACCCAGUCCCUCCGUAACGUUAGUAAAGACCCCGAAGUUAUAAAGCUACAAGAGAUACCGACGUUUCAACCAUUGUUAAAAGGUCUCCUGAGCGGUCAGACGUCCCCCACUAAUGUCCGGCUCGAGAGACUGGACUCGCCCCAAGUAUUACAGCUGUGCGUGCGUUAUCAGGAGCACCUACACCAGUGCGCCGAGGCCGUGUCCUUUGACCAGAAUGCACUAGUAAAGCGAAUCAAAGAGAUGGACUCCUCGGUGGACGGACUUUACAGCCUCAUGCAAGAGAGACAGAAGCGAUUUGCCAAGUACGCAGAGCAGAUCCAAAAGGUGAAUGAGAUGUCGGCCAUUCUCCGGCGCAUCCAGAUGGGUAUCGACCAGACGGUGCCCCUGAUGGAGAAACUAAACAUCAUGCUGCCCGAAGGGGAGAGACUGGAACCUUUCUGCAUGAGCCCCGACAGAGAGAGCAAACCAUAGGCCAAGGUGACUCAGGGUAGCCCAGGGGUACACACUGCUACCCAGAAGCCUCUUCCCAUGGAACCAUAUUCCUCUACAUCAGCGCUUGUCUUGGAACCCCUAUACUUGAAGCGCAUGCAGCAGCCAAUCAUUUGCUUCUGUUUCUUUUUUUUUUUUUUUCAUCUUGCAUCUCAAUGGAUUUUCCGUAGCAGAAGGACUACGUUAAUUGUGUUCAAUUAGUCAGCAGAGAACAAAGAAAGUCAUCCAAACGGUCAGCCCUUUAGCUCAGGCAGUGCAGAGACAGACCCGUGAGGCUGACCCAGGAGAAGGCCCAAAGCGCUUCUAGCGAUUGGUUGCUCUGUGCGGCAGCUCAAUACCUUGAUACGGAGGAAAAACUGGAAAUGACGUCUCAGGUCAGUCACCUGCUUUGAGCUGAGCCCUUUAUGUACGUCAUUUCUUUUGUCUUAAACUGAAAAAAAAAAAUCUCGCUUCGAAUUAGUCAGUCUCGCCAGGAUAUUCAUUAUAUUUUUAGUCUCGUUCUCUUUUUGAUGAGGCAAAAAAACAAGUAUUAAAUUAUUUAUGUGCGA